AUGGAGACUACGUUUGGAACACUGAAGAGAAUUAUAAUCUGCCCUAUGGAUUUAAUCAAGAUGAUUGGAGCUAUCGAAACUUUUGAAAAGAAAUGGGAUAUUGACAGGAAAAUGUUUUUCAAGAUUCCUUUUGAAUACUACCGUUUGGUUGGAAAAACAAGAUAUACUGCGCAAAUGUCUACAGUAGAAAUCAAGCAGUUGAUCAAAAAUAAACCUUAUUAUUCAACAAAUUUGAGCAGUGUUUUGAAACUGGAUGAUUUUUCUGAUGAUCUCACAAUCAAGGAGUUUCUAGAGCAGCUACCAGGGAUAACACCUACAAUCUUUUUUCGUUAUCUUAAUUCGACCUCUAUCGUUUAUGCUAAUAUUGUAAACAACAACACGCGCCUUUCAACGUUUAAUUUACUGCUUCUUUUGCCAUUGCACAAGUUUUUUAAACAUCAAGAAGACGCUUCAUUUUUUGUAAAAAUUUGGGGAUAUCACGGACAGAAAUCAGUCUCCGAAUGCCGUACAAAUGCAUGGUUCAAAACGGAUAAGAAAGAUUUCACAUGUAUAGAGGGUCUCCCUGAUAAUUACUUCAGCCUUCCUAUUAAUCCAUCUGCAAUUGCGAAUCUAGUAAUGAUUCAAGAAAUACACGAAAACGUCAAUGAGCAAGAAGUUAACAGACGAGGAAGGGAAUGCCUCAUGAAAAGUGUGCUUAAAAAGACUACCAUCAAAGAGAUCCGGGAUCACCUAGAUCAGAACUACAGUACACCGGGCAGUGCACAUUCACCAAUAUAUAGAAUGAAAGUGGAAAACUUGCAACAGAUAAGAUCUCAAUUGGUUCAAGAUUUUGCCGACAGUAACAAUCAAAUGCUUAACUUUGAACCGAGUAUGCGACGGAAAUUGGCCAAAUAUGUUAACAAUAGUUACAACGAAGGGUUCCGAAAUCUUGCAAAGUGGGAGGCAGCGCUGUCGAUUUUGCAGGAAUUGUUUCCGAGACAUUCUAACGUUGCAAGACCUUCUACUCCUCAUAGUUACGAAGAGAGAGGAGCAAGCUCUAACCCACUUUCUACCAAUUCCUCUGACUACUUAUUCAACAGCUCCAAUCCGAGUAUCAGCACCAUAUCCCCAGCAUUGGAUGUACAUCGGCAAUCUCUCCCCUUUGAAACUUCAUCAAACAAAAUCAAAAACAGUAGUGCAGAGAAGAACGAGCUGGUAUUCAAUUCGGUGUUUUCCGCUUCUGUGGCGCAAUACCAACAGGAAGGUGGAACAUAUCCAACCCGAACAUCAACAGAAUCCGCAAAUGGAAACAAAACUUCGAAUGCCACUUCUUCUUCAUUGAGGGAGAUAUCAGAGUACAUGUUGAUUCCAGCCGGAGCAGUGGGUCCGAUGUUCAAACUGGUCCCUGAAGGUCCACCAGCUGCCAGAUGGGAGCAGGACCCAAGAUGGCAACAAGUCGACAUCACACGCCCAUUUCAAUAUCAGAAUGGAUGCACUGUUCAACUAAAAAAAAAUGGAAACCGGAUGAAGCCAUUCUCUAUCCUUUGCCUUCCGAUAAUUGUGAUUAACAAAGUUGCGAGCAUGAUGAACCGGUUUGAAAUCGCACUGUACGGUUGUCAAGUUCUGGAUAGCACGUUACUCAUGCAAUUCAUGUUUUUGACGUACGAAAAUCCUGAAAAUGGUCCAGGUUAUCAAAUUUUUAUGAAAAAAACGUUUGGAAUUCUGAAGAGAUAUGUAAUCUACCCUGUGACUUUAAUCGAGAUGAUUGGAGCAAUCGAAACACUUGAAGAAAAAUGGGGUAUCGACAGAAAGAUGUUUUUCAAAGAUCCUUCUGAAUACCGCCGUUUUAUUGGAAAAACACAGUGUACUGCACAAAUGUCCACAGAAGAGAUCGAGGAGUUGAUUGAAGGAAAACCUCUUUGUUCCACAAAUUUGAGCAGUGUUUUGAAACUGGACCAUUUUCCUGAUGAUCUCACAAUCAAGGAGUUCUUAGAGCAGAUUCCGUGGAUAACACCUUCAAUCUUUUUUCGUUAUCUUCAUUCGACAUCAAUUGUUUUUGCGAAUAUCGUAAACAACGACACACUCCUUUCGACGUAUAAUUUACUGCUUCUUUUGCCAUUGUACAAGUUUUUUGAACAUCAAGAAAACGCUUCAUUUUUUGUGAAAAUCUGGGGAUAUCACGGACAGAAAUCAGUCUCCGAAUGCCGUGAAGAAUAUGCUUGGUUUGAAACCAAAGUGAAAGAUUUCACACCUAUAGAGGAUUUCCCAAUCAAUUUCUGGAAACUUCCAAUCAAUACAUCUGCAGUUGCAAAUCUUGUUAUGCUUCAACGUAUUGACAAAAGCGUCACUGACCAAGAAGUUAACAGACGAGCAAAGAAAUGUCUCUUGAAAAAAGUGCUCAGAAAAGAUGCGUUCGCCGAGAUCAUCCGCUACUUACAUCUAAACUACAGUACACCUGACAGCAAAGUCUCACCAAUAUUUAGAAUGGACGUGGAAAACUUGCAACAGAUAAGAUCUCAAUUGGUUCAAGAUUUUGCCGACAGUAACAAUCAAAUGCUUGACUUCGAAGAGAAUAUGCGACUGGAAUUGACUAAAUAUGUUACCAAUAUCUACAAUACAGGAUUCCAAAAUCUUGCGAAGUGGGAGGCAGCGCUGCUGAUUUUGCAGGAAUUGUUUCCGAGACAUUUUAACGUUUCAAGACCUUCCACUCCUCAUAGUUACGAAGAGAGUGGAACAAGCUCUAACCCACUUUCCACCAAUUCCUCUGACUACCUAUUCAACAGCUCCAAUCCGAACAUCUGCAUCAUAUCAAGAGCAUUGGAUGAACAGUGGAAACCAGUCCCUUUUGAAUUUUUAACAAACAAAAACAAAAACAGUUGUGCAGGGAAGAACAAGCUGGUAUUCAAUUCGACGUUUUCUGCUUCUGUAGCGUCAUACCAACAGGAGGUUGGAGAAGAUCAAACCGGAAGAACAACAGAGUGCGCAAAUGGAAACACAAAUUCGAAUGCGACUUCUUCUUUAUUGAGGGAGAUAUCAAAGUACAUGUUGAUUCCAGCCGGAGCAGUGGGUCCAAUGUUCAAGUUGGUCCCUGAUGGUCCACCAGCUGCCGGAUGGGAGCAGGACUUCAGCUGGCAACAAGUCGAUAUCACACGCCCAAUUCAAUAUCAGAAUGAUUGGUACAACGUCAUACAUAAUUCCUAA